AUGGCCCUGGUCUCGGUUAGUGCAGGAAUGAACCAGGAAGAUUCUUUGGCUACAGAUAAUUUCCUUGUGGACUACUUUAAUGAAUUCCUAAGCCUUCCAACCUUUUCAGAGGCAAUUAGAUUUAAUGUAGAUUAUGGCGUUUUUGAAGUAAUUAAUAAUGCUCCACAACUUCUGGAAAAGCAACUGAAAAAAAUUCUACAAAACCAGCAACCUCGAAAUCCUAUCUAUGAUGUUGUAAGGAGAGAAAAGCAUGACGUUAAACCUGGUGAAGUGAAUGUCCCCGGUGAAGGUGAGACCAUCAAUGUCAACUACAGUAUUAUGUGUCUCAGUCGUGAAGAAGGUAUUAAAUGGAUCAAAAAAGAAAGACUUCCAGCAUUUCUGGAAAGUGAUUGCUACUUUGAAUACAGGUUAGCCAAAUUGGUCUCACAAGCACGAUGGAGCAAGUCAGGUAUGAGUUUCACACUAGGUACAAGUUUUUCUCCUUGGGUCCUGAAAAAACCACGCAGUUCACUACCUCCCCCCACUGAAGAAGAUAAUCUUCUAAUUAUGAAAAAGUUCUACAUUUCUCUUGGCGAGGCCUCCUACACUCAGACAAAAGAUUGGUUUUCAUUAGCAAAAAAAAGUCAGCAAACAGUAUCAACCUUUUCAUCACCUAGCUGUACACCACACAGCAGAAUCGAAUCACCGGUUCUUUCAUCUGUUUCUGAGAGUGCUAUCUUUAGUGAUGGAGUUCAUCCCCGGACACAAAGGGGGCCAUCUAAAACUAAAUUAAUUUCUGAAUUUGAAGAAGAAGAAGACGACGAAGAAGAGGAAGGUUCUGUAUCUUUACAAGACACUCCUUCUCAAGCUCUUCUGAGAAUAUACAUUGAGAAGUUCAAGGAUGGUGAAAGCCUCCAUUUCUCAACAUGUGAAGACUUUUUAAACUCCUACAUACACUUUAUUUUGUCCUCAGCAAUUCAAAAAAUGACUGGAGAGAGUCAUAUGGAGAGAGAGCCAUUUGUAGACUACCCAGGCUAUAUAAACUUCAGCAAUAUCACACGAGUGUCAUUUGAUGAUACUCUGGAAUCUUUCCCCGAGAAGGCAAAGGAAGGGUCAGACGAGACCUUUGAAGAAACAAUUUCAAAGAGUGACAGCACUGGACCCCAGAGCAGGCCUGACUGGCGUAUUUCUCAUAGAAUGUAUGAAAUUGGCACUAGAAAGGAGUUUGAAAGAUUUAAGAAAUUUUUAAAAGGUACCUUAGGAGAAAGAUAUUGGUGGCUAUGGAUGGAUAUUGAGAGGUUAAAAGUUCUUAAGGACUCUGGAAGACUUCAAAGGCAUCUUGAGAAGAUGAAAAAAUCUUAUCUAGUGAGCAGUGGAAACUGCUACCUUUCUACAGAAAUUUUAUCAAAAUUUAAACUGUUAGACUCAUCUCAGUGGACUCAAGAACAUUUAACAAAUAUUCAGUCUGAAGUUGUAAAACCUUUACUUCUGUAUUGGGGACCAAGAUUCUGUGUUACUCGUUCAGCCUCAGCAAAAUCUGCUAAUGCCGAACUGAAAUUGUGGCAUUUCCGUCAAGAGAAACCAAGGAAAGAUAUUGACCCCUUUCCACAAAUGGCAACCCUCUUGCCACUAAGACCUAAAUCUUGCAUUCCACAGACGUCUGAGAUCCAGAAAGAGGAAUUCAGCUUAUCACAAUCUCCUAAAUCUCCCAGGAAAGCACAUGCAAUAAAAACAACAACUCAGAAACUUUGGAAGAGUGAGUCUCUGUAUCCAAUUUCCGCUAAGAAUAAGAAUGAUGCAUUUGAGAAAGGGUUAAGGUCCAUGUCAGAAAGCAAGAGAGUUGUUCGUUUAACAUCGUUUACUGAUAUUUCUGAGUGUCUGAAGCCUGAGCUGGAUCGAAGAUACACUUAUAGCGAAGAACCCCAGGUUAAAAGCAUGUUAGAUGUUGGAACUUUGGGAGGAGGUGACAUGGAAAGCUUGCUGCAAUCUUUGUAUGUAGAAAAUAGAGCUGGGUUCUUCUUUACUAAAUUCUGUGAGCAUUCAGGAAAUAAGUUGUGGAAGAACAGUGUGUACUUUUGGUUUGACCUACAGGCUUAUCAUCAGCUUUUCUACCAGGAAACACUUCAGCCCUUUAAAGUAUGCAAGCAAGCACAAUAUCUUUUUGCUACAUACAUUGCUCCUUCAGCCACUCUGGACAUUGGACUCCGACAGGAAAAGAAAAAAGACAUUUAUAUGAAGAUACACCCACCAUUUGAAGACCUUUUUGACACAGCAGAAGAAUAUAUCCUUCUCCUCCUCCUUGAGCCCUGGAUGAAGAUGAUAAAAUCAGACCAACUUACUUAUAAAAAGGUAGACCUAGUGGAAGAAACUCGACAGCUGGACUCCACAUCCUUCAGAAAGCUGCAGGCUUUGCAUAAAGAGAAAGCUAAGGACACCUCUGUGGGGAUUAGAACUGGUGCUUUAUCACUCUCUAACGUCUCUAAACAAACAGAAUAUUGGAAUAAUGUUCCUGAAGAAUAUAAGCAUUUUAAUUUUAAUGAUCUGCUUAACAACAAACUGGAGUUUGAACAUUUCCGUCAGUUUCUUGAGUCUCAUUCUUCAAGCAUGGACCUUAUGUGCUGGAUAGACAUUGAGCAGUUCCGAAGACUAAUUUACACAAAUCGAAACCAAAUGGAGGCAAAAUCUAUAUACAUUAAAAACAAGUACCUUAAUAAAAAAUAUUUCUUUGGCCCUAAUAGUCCAGCUACUCCACAUCAGCAGGACCAGAUAAUGUAUUUAAGUGGAGGCUGGGGGAAGAUUCUCCAUGAUCAGCUUGAUGCAUCUGUUCUAGUUGAAAUUCAGAGACAUGUGCUAAACAGACUAGAAAAUGUAUGGUUGCCAUUGUUUCUCGCAAGUGAACAAUUUGCAGCACGUCAAAAGAUAAAGGUACAGAUGAAAGACAUAGCAGAAGAGCUCUUACAACAGAAGCAUGAAAUGAAAAUUGGGGUCUGGAAGCCUGUGGAGAGUAAAUGGAUAUCUUCCUCUGGUGAAAUCAUUGCUUUUCGUAAAGCAUUACUGAAUCCAGUUACUGCAAGACAAUUCCAACGUUUCAUGGCUUUAAAAGGAGAUUUAUUGGAAAAUGGGGUACUUUUUUGGCAAGAAGUGCAAAAAUAUAAGGACUUGUGCCAUUCUCAUUGUGAUCCAUCUGUCAUCCAGAAGAAGAUCAAAACUAUUAUCAACUGCUUUAUUAAUUCCUCUAUUCCACCAGCUUUACAAAUUGAUAUCCCAGAAGAGCAAGCCCAGAAGAUUAUUGAACGCAGAAAGGAGUUAGGACCAUAUGUAUUUAGAGAGGCACAGAUGACAAUUUUUGGGGUUUUGUUUAAAUUCUGGCCUCAGUUUUGUGAGUUUAGGAAGAACAUAACUGAUGAAAAAAUCAUGAGUGUUUUGGAGAGAAGACAAGAUUACACUAAGCAGAAAAAGAAGGUGGCAUCCUUAGAUGAUGAAAGACUUGGGAAGGAUGCACUCAAACAAUAUACAAGUGCUGCAGCGUCUUCUGUCAAGACACCUGCAGCAGUCAGUGAGUCCUUCCUAGGCCUCCAAGCCUAUGGCCGGCAGCCAAGCUGGUGCUACUCAAAGUACAUAGAAGCCUUGGAACAGGAGAGAAUUCUUCUUAAAGUCCAAGAAGAACUGGAAAAAAGGCUGUUUACAGGUAGACUGGGGACUUUCCGUUUUCUGUCGGCCUUUGAGUCUAGUCGGAGUCUGCCGGAUCUCAGCCGUGGUGGAGCUUUGGGCCUCCGGCUCUCGUCGACCUCUGCUCGCCCCCGCUGCGGCCUUCGGAGGGCGGCGGGCGGUCGGCCGGGGCCGAGUGGGCCGCGGCGACGCCUGGGAAGCCGGGUUGGCUGCGGGGUCCUGGAAGAGCCAACGGGCUUCGCAGUCUGCCGGCUGGGCCUGGUUCCCGCUGCGUGGUUUUGUUCGCGUGACCUUGGUGAGGUCGUUUGA